AUGGUGAAAUUUUGGAGAGUCCUUUUUCCUCGGCGCAGGGUGUGGCGUCGCCGUAUUGUCUUCAUCGCGUUCAUUACGUUCAUUUGCGUGACCGUCGUCCGAUUUCUCUUUCCCGUCCCGCAGAGGCCCAAAUGGGCCGACACCGCUGUGACGCCUAGCGAACGCGCAGACGCCGUCAAAGAAGUAUUUGUAGAGGCAUGGGACGGAUACUACAAGCAUGCAUUUCCAAACGACGAGCUUCAUCCGCUUUUGAACACAUAUGGAAAUUCUAGGAAUGGCUGGGGCGCCAGCGCUGUCGAGGCGUUGGGAACCGCCAUUGUCAUGGAUCUCCCCGAAGUCGUGGAUCCGAUAUUGGACUUCAUCCCCACAAUCAACUUCCACAAGACGCGAAGUACGGUGGAUCUCUUUGAGACCACGAUUCGCUAUCUAGGUGGCAUGCUGUCGGCCUAUGAUCUAUUGACCGGGCCGAUGCACCAUUUAGCACGAAAGUCGGACGGUGUUGAUGCUUUGUUGACACAGUCUCAAGGCUUAGCAGACCUACUCAAGGUCGCAUUCGACACUCGCACCGGGGUUCCACGGAAGAAAGUCUUCUUCAACAACCCGCAGGGAAACAAAGACGAUGCGAACUCCGUGGCCGCGGUGGGCACCCUCAUUCUUGAGUGGUGUCGGCUGGCCAACCUGACUGGACAGCCGGAGUACAGGCAGUUGGUCGAAAAAGCUAUGAAGCCGCUGCUGAACCCAAGGCCGCGGUGGACUGAACCGAUUCCAGGAAUUCUGGGCAAUUGGGUUAAUGUCGACACGGGUCUUAUCACGGAUGCCUGGGGCGGUUGGGGUGCAGGAGGAGACUCAUACUAUGAGUAUCUCAUCAAGAUCUUUGCAUAUGAACAGAGUAGAUACACUGCCCACAAGGACCGCUGGGUCAUGGCAGCAGAUUCUGUCAUCAAAAAGAUGGCCGAGACCCCGGAUGGAACAGACCUCAAAUUCAUCAGCUCAAGCGACGGGCCACUCCUUGCUCACCAGACAGGCCACCUGACUUGCUUCGCUGGAGGCAACUUUAUCCUCGCCUCGAAGGUGCUGAACGAUACACGCUACUUGGACUUUGGCUUGGAGCUCACGAGAAGCUGCCAUGAAACGUACAUACGAACGGCAACUCGGAUAGGUCCAGAGACGAUCAGGUGGUCUCCCGAAGAGCUGAAUGAGAAGCAACUCCAGGAACUCGAAGAAAACGGCUAUGCCACUCUCCACGCAAGCUUCUCGCUACGGCCCGAAACAAUGGAGAGUUACUACUACGCAUGGCGGGCGACAAGGGAUCCUAAAUACCGGGAAUGGGCAUGGGAUGCAUUCGUUGCAAUCGUAACCCACUGCAAAAUGAGGAACAGCCUCGCGCCCAUCAACAAUGUCAACACUGUCCGGUGGAAUUGGAAAGGGGGUAGGCAGGAGAGCUUCUUGUUCUCGGAGCUGCUGAAAUAUACAUAUCUCAUAUUCGCCGAGGUAAGUACUUUCUAUCAGUUCAACUACGUGGGGGAAAACGAAUGGGUGUUCAAUACUGAGGGACAUCUAUUGAAGGUCGAAAAACCAUGGUAG